AUGAACAUUCAAAACAGGAAAAAAAAGCACGUCAGUAGAGAAGUAAAGUUGAAUAACUUAGCAAAAAUAUAUCAUAGGAAAUUGGAAACGCUGCUUAUAUAUAUAAGAAUUCCAAAAAAAAGAAAGGAGAAACUUUUUUUUGACGAUUUUUUUAACAUAGAGAAAGUUAGUGCGUACAUAAAUACAGUAGAUGAUGAGGAACAGAGUGAGGGGCAGUGCGAGAAGCAGAUCAAGAAGCAGGGUGAGAAGCGUGAAGAAUGGAACGCUAGGAGUCAACCCGAGCGGAGUGCAAACCUGAAUGAGGAUAACGAAAUAAGAACAAAUAAAGACAUAUUCAUAAAGAACCUUCUAAUCUUUUUAAACAAUCUGAUAAUACUCUAUUUCUCCAAGAGUAACCUGAUGGAUGUGUGCAUAAACAGGAGGAGCUUCAACAAGUGUGGUUUUUACGCAUGUGAAAAUGUAUUUUUAAACAAUUUUAGCAAAAGUAAGUAUAAAAUUGAUGUCCAUAGCAAAAAUAUAUAUCUGAGAGAGUAUUAUGAUUUGUUCUGCUCUUCCAAUUGCAUGAAUUUCAAUCUUUACUUACUAAAGGAAAUUGCACAAAAUGGAAAAAAUGCAAAUAAUACCAACGAAGGAGGCAGCACAGAUUUGAAAAAAAAAUGCCAAUUAAUUUAUAUCAUGUUUCUAACAUUUUUCCCCAUUUUUAAAUUUCACGAUAUAAAUUUACUCCUUAAAAAUAUUGAAAAUGUUCAUAUUGAGAAUAACAAAAUAUUCUUACGCCCACAGGAAGGGGGUGAAAAUGAAGAAGCAGGGGAAGAAGUAGGGAAAGAAGAAGAAGAAGAAGAAAAAGCAAAAGAAAAUGAAGAAACAGCAGAAGAAGAGAAGAACAGUGGUGGAACUAGAAUUUUUUCAUCACACGUGGAUGAGAAACAAACAAAAAAUAAUAAUCAUGAAAAAAUAUGCACAAUUAGAAGUAUGAAGAGUGAAGAGGAGGAGGAUGUUAAUUCUAAUUCUCGUCAAGGGAUGAAGCCUCCCUUUCCUGUUAUCAUAGAGAAAGGGGAAGAAUAUCUGAACCAUGAGGAUUCGGAUAUAUGUGAAGAAUUGGAAAAGUACAUGCACAAAGAAAAUGAAACUUCUUCUGAUCAAGCAAUCAGUACAUGUUCUUCACUGCAUAUGUUAAGAAAUGAAAAUGAAAAAAAGAAUAUUUACACUCCCCCACCUAUUAUAGAAUUACUCGAAGAACAAACAACAGUGGGUAUCGAAGACAACUUCAACGAAGGGACACUCAGCGAAAGAGAGGUCAUUGAAUGGCUAACCAGAGAUAGGUCUAUGGAGAUUUGUGAAGAAUUGAAAAAAUCGAAACUUAAGAAAAGCAAAAGUGUUAGUUUUAAUGAAGAUAUCAAAACGUUUAAAUAUUGCAAAGAUGAAAGGGUGGAUGUCUAUAGUGUCACUAGAACAUCAAUGGAGGGAAUUGAAUUCAGUAGUGGGAGGAAUCCCCAAUCGGAUGAAGUUAACCGUGGGAAGAACUGCACACCAACCGAAUCAGAUUUGAAAAAUAAUUCAGGUUUUUUAACGUAUUCUUUACAUUCUCAUUUGGAUGAAAAAGCAGAGGCGAGGGAAUUACUUCCAGAGGAUGAUCAUUCUAGCGUUUCGAAAGUGAAUGAUGACGAAAACAAAUCAAGUGACAGUGGGCAGACGCAGCCACAAUCUGCUAAUGAACAGACGCAGCUGCGAGAGAAGAACGCAUGCUCGAAAGGCACAACCUUUGAACACACGAGUGAAAAAUUAAACGAAGAAUUGCACCAACAAAUGCCAAAGGAGACAAAAUUCUCCGAUUGUGAAAUGGACAAAAUGUAUGAACAAGUCAAGAAUUCCAUUUUUACAAAUGGAAAACAUUUCUUCGAGGAUAUAUUAGAACGUACAAUUUUUAAUUCGAACAAAAUCAUAGGAUUUGAUUACCAAAAUGGAGAGCGGGAGCAGGAGCAGCAUCGGCAGCAGCAACAGGAAAAGGAGGAAGAGGAAGAGGAGAAUGACAGCAUGUCUUGCGCAUCUCAUCGAAUGAGUAAAAUUAAUUUGAAGCACGACAAGGAAAGGAAGGGAAGACGAAUUGUUCUGCUAAAAUCUUCAUGGGAAGGUGAAGUUCCAAUGGAAAACGGGGAACCCGAAAAGGAGGAGACGAAGAAGAAGAAAGAGGGAGAAGAGGAAGAUCGGACGAGACAAAGUGCACCAACUUCUGAAUGCCCACCUGGGCUUGCCCACGAUAUACUGAGGGAUGCAGGGGUGGAUUCUCACAUCAGAGAGAAUGGGAAUGCAAACGAAAGUGCAAACAAAAGUGAAAUAAAAAGUGAAAUAAAAAGUGAAAUAAAAAGUGAAAAAAAAAGCGAAAAAAAAAGCGAAAAAAAAAGUGAAAAAAAAAGUGAAAACGAAGAUGUAAAUCCUAAUGAAAAACAUUUGGAUGCAGCGCUGGACCAUACAGUAAACUGUGAUGAUACAAAGGAAAGCAUGGCUAAUGAUGAACUCUACACGCAAAUCAUUGACGAGAAGCUGGAAAACCUUCUUAUCCAAAAAAAAAAUAAAAUAAGACAAGAAUAUGAAGAAACCUUCCAUAGUCGUAUCCCCAUUUACAUGGAAUCACAACAUGGUAUUGAUGGGGAAGAGGAAUAUGUUAACGAUGAGCAGAGCGGAAAAGAUGAAUCAGAAGAUGAAUCAGAAGAUGAACCAGAAAAUGAAUCAGUAGAUGAAGAAGAGGUGCAUAGCAGAAAAGAGAAAAAUAAAUAUGUAUACAGCACAUCCAAAUGCAGCGCGUAUGAAGACAUGUCACUUUAUGUAGUUCUGUGGGAUAUUUUUACAGGAAGUAUUUCCAAAUAUACAGUAAAUUUUUUUCAAAAAAGUGAAUUUAUUAUCCCCAAAUGUUUAAAUGAUGUGGAACGAGAAAGAAAAACAGAAUUUUUAAAAAAUGUGUCUCAAUACAUGCCACUAAGCAUCAACUGUAUCUCUACCACCAUUUUGGAUACUUGUCGAACCUUUUUGUAUAGCAAACCAUUAUUACCAUUCAAAAAAUUAAUUUAUAAAUCCAUUACUUGUGUUAUUGCAGCUGCUCUUAGGAAGCAUAAAGCUGAAUUGAUUCCUCAGAGUGAAUUGAAUAACAUCAAAAAGGCGGAAGAAUAUCUCACUAUAGAAAAUGGAAUUGAAGAAGAUGAACUGGACGAGUUGACAAUGCUUUUUUAUCAAAAUUGUUACUACUAG